AUGUCAGAAAGCCCAGUAUCCCAAAUUAACAAUGGAGACUAUGCAAACUGGACCGUCGAUGAGGUCGUGUCAUGGUGUAAAUCAACACUAAAACUUCCAGACGACAAUUCUUUAUGCUUAAGCCUGGUGGAAAAUGACGUGUCUGGUAGUAUAUUGAAAGAUUUAACAUUAGAUGAUUGUAAAGAUCUGUGUGAUAGUAAUUUAAAACUGGCAAUCAAACUGAAGAUUUCUAUAAAUAAACUAAAUGAUACGAGUGCCGAUUUAGCAAGUGAACAGAAUGAGAAUAUCAAUGUAUUACUGAAAAAUCUUUAUACAACCUUAUCUCAUAAACUGCAGGAAUAUGAAUCACAAUAUAAAAAAUUGAGAAUGGAUGUCUUAGAAGUUAUGAAGACUAGUCCUUCUCCCAUACAACAUACGCAGGGUGAUUAUUUCGAACAGAAACGUGCACAUACGCCCGCGACACAUAUAGGUACUGCUACUGCCGUUGUCAAAUCCUUGCCGGAUAGUAGCAAGUCUGCCAGUGUGGUAGCAACAAACGAGCCCUUGAAACAGUUGAGAGCUUCAAAGGAAGACUCGUGUGAGAGAGUUUUGAAAAAUGCUAUGAAAAGACACAAUUUAAAUGACCAAGAUUGGAAGCAGUAUGUACUUGUUCUUUGUUAUGCAGAUCAAGAAAGAAUUCUUGAGUUACAUGAAAAGCCAGUAAUCAUCUUCAAGAAUUUGAAACAACAGGGAUUGCAUCCAUCAAUCAUGUUAAGACGAAAAGGUGAUUUUGAAGAAGUGCCAAUGAGUAAUCUCAAUAAUCACAGUUCUAAUGAUAAUGGUAAUCUUACCCCUGGUGGGAGAUUAUAA